AUGUCUUCUGCAGCUGUCGGAGUUGCUUGGCCUUCUUUCACAAUACAGGUGAACCAGAUUCAACUUAGUGCCUUUCAACGGGAAAACGCAGGUUUACAACUUGGUGAUACAGCCAUAGUCACUCAGGUUGGUAGUGAUCCAAUGGUUGCAUCGAGACUUGUCUUGAGUUGUAUCCAAGCGACAGAUUUGAAAAUUGAUCAAGUGCUUAUUAUCUACGCUAGAGAAUACUUGGUCGAUCAAAGAUAUUUACUGAAAGGAAAUAAAAUAGAAUUGUUUUACAACGGAAAAAUCGAGCCGUUUCUUGUCGAAGAAGCCAAGCCAGAAAGCGAGUUAAAUGAAACGAAAAACGUAUAUCGAAUAACGCAGGAGACUAUUAUAACAAUACGGAAUGCGUCUACAGACAAUAGAUCCAAUAUACGCCACGCACCUAAAACGACUUAUGCUUCGAUAGGAGGUUUAGAUCAACAAUUGAGACUCAUACGCGAGUUAAUAGAGACUCCUCUACGUAAGCCUGAACUCUUUACACAAUUUGGCCUUCGACCGCCGAAAGGGGUAUUGCUUUAUGGUCCUUCUGGGACAGGAAAGACGUUAAUAGCAAGAGCAGUCGCCGAGGAGACUGGCGCCCAUGUCAUAUUGGUGAACGGCUCAGAAAUUGUGAGUAAGUUUUACGGAGAAACAGAGGCAAAGCUUCGCGAUAUAUUUGCUGAAGCUGGCGAAAAUGCACCAACGAUUAUCUUUAUUGACGAAAUUGAUGCUAUUUGUCCAAAACGCGACGAGGCAUCAAACGAACUCGAAAAGCGCGUCGUAGCAACCCUACUCACUUUGAUGGACGGCGUAUCUAACAAAACUUCAACAAAUCGUCAAAAUCAGGUUGUGGUCAUUGGUACUACUAACAGACCAAACCAUCUAGACGAAGCGCUCAGACGACCUGGACGAUUCGAUAGAGAGAUCGAGAUUGGAAUUCCCACAGAAGAUGCACGGUUCUCGAUUCUAAACACGUUAUUAAGUAGCAUCCCCCACUCAUUGUCUUGUGAAGAAGUGAGACGACUUGCACACAAGUCGCAUGGAUACGUCGGAGCUGACUUGGCAGGAGUAUGUCGGGAAGCAGGGAUAAAAGCAAUCAGACGAUGUGUCCGAAACAACAUGGGAGAUGACGUGAAUUUAACAAUGCAAGAUAUGGAACUUGCAUUAGCUGAAAUACGGCCAAGUGCUAUGCGAGAAAUUUUGCUUGAGGUUCCAAAGACUUAUUGGUCUGACAUUGGGGGUCAAUCAGAUAUAAUACAAAAGCUCAGAGAAUCGAUCGAAUGGCCUUUGUCGCAUCCUGAAGCUUUUGCAAGAUUGGGUAUUCGUCCACCAAAGGGUAUUUUGUUAUAUGGUCCUCCCGGGUGCAGUAAGACGCUGAUGGCAAAGGCGCUUGCGACCGAAGCCGGUUUGAACUUUAUUGCUAUUAAGGGUCCUGAGCUUUUUAGCAAGUGGGUUGGUGAAUCUGAAAAAGCUGUCCGAGAGGUGUUUCGGAAAGCAAGAGCUGCGGCGCCAUCUAUUGUGUUCUUCGAUGAAAUCGACGCGUUAACUGUUACGCGUGGUCUUGGUGAUUCCGAUGGUGGAGGAGCGUCUGUUGCUGACCGCGUCCUUGCUCAAUUGCUGAAUGAGCUUGAUGGAAUUGAGCCUUUAGUGAAUGUUACGAUCGUGGCGGCGACGAAUCGGCCUGAUAUAAUUGACUCUGCGCUCUUACGUCCGGGACGAAUCGACAGGAUUCUGUAUGUUUCUCCACCUGAUUUAGAAUCGCGCAAAGAAAUAUUUAAAAUUCAACUGCGCAAGAUGGCCACAAAUCCCGAUGUAGACGUAGAAAUUCUGGCUCAAAAGAGUGAAGGAUAUUCUGGUGCGGAAAUUGUAGCUUUGUGCCAAGAAGCAGCAUUGCUUGCUAUGGAAGAAAAUAUAGAUGCAGCUGAGGUGUGCUUUAAGCAAUUUGAGAAAGCAUUGUCUUCGUUCACCCCGCGUAUUACAUCCAAGAUGAUUAGAUUCUAUGACGACUUUCGUCGAAAGUCUGGGUUGCGAAGUAUCUAA